CUUAUUUUUCGUCUUGAUAAAGGCUAUUGUGAUGGAAGUAUGACAUAUCUCUAUGCAUACGAUUAUAAAUUAACCAUCAGCUCACCAGGUUAUCCCAAUGCCGCCUAUCCCGGAAACGCUCACUGCGAGUGGCAGAUUGAAGCAUAUAAUAUUAAGAAACAUGUUCAGAUCCACAUCGACGAUUUUGACUUGGAGUACAACCCGGUCUGCAAAGAUGGCGAUCACCUUGAAUUCCACGAUGGUCCCUAUGAUUUCUCGCCAAUCCUGUACACCCUAUGCGGUGCAAGAGCUAGUCUCCCUGUUACAACCAUUACUGCAACUCAUGACUUCAUGCACAUUGACUUCGUCACGCAUCACCUUGACAACGGCCACAACACGUACAAGGGAUUUAAGAUCACAUUUUGGGCAAUAGAUAAAAAUGUGACUGUGAUGAAUCGCGAUAGUUCGCUGAAUCUGUACCAUUCCUACGUUUACACCGAUCUCCUUGUUAGAGUCAUCAUAGGAGUUGUUGCUGCCAUACUCGCUCUUACUAUACUCUAUUGCAUAUACAGGCGCUACAAGAGAGGCCAGACAUCAGUACAUGAUAGUCGUGGUAGACCCUAUGGAAGCGCCGGCCCUGCGGAUAAUCCGGGCACACAGAUAAUAACAGUAAACGGCACUAUGAACCAGCACCAUGCAUCAAUGGGGUUCCCAAUGAUACCCGUCCAGCCCGUCUCAGCCAUAUCCGGGAUACAGCCGUUACAGGCAGGUUACGUACCUGCGUUAUGCCCCGAUCCUUCUGAUGAAAUGCAUGCGAAAAAUGUCCAAGGGGGACCCCCUCCGUAUGAGUCACGUGAUUUUAUUGGGCAAGGUCAUGAGCAACGAGGUCAAGGACGCCUUCCACCUAUUAAUAGUGUAAAUGUCGGGGGCGUGAUAGGAUCCUUGCCUCCUCUUUCUGUGGCUCUCUUCCCUGAAAGACAAGUGUCGAGUGAAGUUGAACCCCGAUUUGGUCCACGAAGUCAAUUAUCCAAUAGCGUUAUACCCAAUUCGGGAACAACAGAGAUAGCACCAGCCGCAGAUGCUAGUGUACAGAUACAAGACGGUCGACACGUUUCAGAUGAUAAAACGAAAAGAAAGAAGAAUAAACGCAGGGAGAAACGUGAACGUGACACCGACCAGAAUACAACUCUAUAGAAAGAGUUUACAGGACGUGCACGUUUUAUAAACGUACUUCUUGUUACGCGGUAAACAUGAUACAAAUAUAUGUUAUAUUCCGCAACGAAUAUGACAUAUUCACUUGCGGUGUACUGACAAUUUCACCUAGGGUAUAUGACAUGCACACUAACCAAU